AUGGAAUCGGAGAAACGCUCAACACUCUGGCCGACCAAUGCACCUUUUCAGACAUCUUUGUUCCAUGGCGGGAGACUUGUACAGGAGUACCUUGCUGCCCAGGAGCUUGAACUAAUCCCCUCCCCUCCUCUCGUGAUGCAGCAAUGGCGACCUCCAGAGUCCAAGCAUGUCAAGUUGAACUUUGACGCAGCAGUGUUCAACUCAUUGAAUUUGGAAGGCAUCGAUGUUAUUGCUAGAGAGUGGAAUGGAGAUGUGAUUGGAGCUCUGUCCAUGCCCAUAUCUCUUUCCCAAACAGUGAACGAAAUGGAGGCAAUUGCAUGCCAAAAAGCGGUUCAGUUUGCUAAAGAGCUGGGUCUACAGAAAGUGAUUAUCGAAGGCGAUUCACUGGUGGUGAUCAACGCCCUCUCACAAGGGUUUGGCUGUCUCUCUUCAUAUGGGAAUGUCAUGGAUGACAUUUUAGUCCUUGCUAAUGAAUUUCAGUUUGUGAGUUUAGUCAUGUUAAAAGAGUCUAUAAUGUGGUAG